GGCACGUCUCGCAAGCCUGCCACAAGCAGCUCUCACCGACCUACAACAUCCCACUCACCACACUUGCCCAUCUCCACCCCUUCGAAGCUUGACGUGCGACUUGAUACGCCUCAACCCAUCUCGUUUUACUGCAUUGUGAAUAAGCUUCUGUCAUCAUCCAUCACCGCCUGCGAAACACCGUCAUCUCUUCGUCCAGAACCUCGUCCUCGUCGCCGCCGCCGCCGCUGCCGUUGUUGUGCGCCUCACUCGCCGAGAACCUGAGGAGCUAACCCACACACACCCGCCCACCCGUUUUGAGUCAUCCAGCAUACGCAACUUGUUCUUCCUAAAAAAGAAGCGUUUGUCGGCCCUUUCUACCCCCCUCCCCACGCGUCGGCUCAACCUCACGGCAAACGCUCCCAAAGCGGCGGAGAGCAGCAGAGAACGAAGAUCAAAGCUGGGGCCUCAAGCUUCCCGACGAGACGUCUCACCCUGGCUUGCCUUUUGGGACAUUCAUCUCUUGGCGUGACAGCCAGAACGGGCAACAAGAUCAGUCUGGUCGCACGGGGUUUAACCAUACCAUCUCGGCUCAAACCCAAUCUUUCUCUCCCUCCUUCUCUCUUGUCCUAUUCACCCGCGGAUCACGCCUGCGUUCCCACAGGGCGCAAACCGGCCUAGGAUCAGGUUUUGAGUUAAGGGCAACUGGUGCCGAUUCCUCAUUCGACCCAUCCCUGUGCCCCCAAACGAACUGAACUCACUCAGUGGGGCCGCAGUGGAGGACCACCGGAGGCUUACUUUUGGUACAAACUCUCUCACUUCACUCCUCUUAUAAGGAUCCUCCUCCUCCCUCUCCCGCCCCCCUUCCCAUCCAACAUCAACACACAGUACCUUGUCGACUUGAGAGAGGCAUCUUCUUCUCUUGGGCAGCCUCUACUUUUCUUUCUCUUCUCACUUCUUCCAAUAUUUCUUUUUCCUUUUCCAUCACACUUGGAUCCCAAUCAUUACACAAUGGAAACAUACCACGGAUUCGUGCGGACGCCCGCCGACGCCAUCAAGCUUUUCGAGGCCUGCCGACUCGGCCUUCUGCCUCGCGUCCAGCGCAGACUGUCGGAGAAGGAACGCCAAUCUAUCCGGUCGGGCUCGGUCUUUGUAUGGGACGAGCGGGAAGCGGGCAUGCGGAGGUGGACCGAUGGAAAGUCAUGGAGCGCCAGCAGAGUGUCGGGGAGCUUCCUGACAUAUCGCGAGAUGGAGGGCAAGCGAGGCAGCGGCUUUGGAGGCGGCAGACGCGGCGCCGGCAAGACGCCCGACUCGGGUCGCGGUAGCGACGAAGACCAGGAAGACGGCGAGCCUGAGGGCUACAGAUACAAGGCCGACGGCCUCAUGAAGCAGUCCUUCAGCAUCACCACCUCGACCGGCCAGCACCUCCACCUCAUCUCAUACUACUCGAGGCCGCACCCGGGGUCGCCGGAGCUCCAACAACCCAGCACCGACCCCCAGCUCAGACACAUCACGCCGAUGAAGGGCAUGUAUCCGGAGUCGAGCCUGCACGAGAGCAACCCCACGCCCGCCCUGACGAGAGGACCGAUGCUGCAGCAGACUCCCUACAUGGCACAACAGCAGCAGCAGCAGCAGCAACAGCAGCAGCAACAUCACCAACAGCCCAUGCCGCCGCAGGCCUACCCUCCUCAGUACGCCCAGCAGCAGGGCUACUCGUGGCCUCCCUCACCCGUUGCUACUCCGCCUUACAGCCACUACACCACCUCUCCCUACCCGCCUCAGCAGCACCAGCAACCUCCUCAACACCAGCUGCCGCCUCCUCAACCUCCUUCCCACCCGUCCGCUCAACCUCCUCACUACGCCCACCCGCCGCCGCCUCCACCUCCUCAUGCUCAUGCCCAUGCGCAUGCCCAUACUCAUGCUCCCCACCACCUCUCCCCCUAUGACCGGGCACCUUUGCCGCCGCCGACGGCGACACCCUACGCACCCCAACGCCAGUCUCCCCGCCUCGCCCACGUCCAGCAGCCGCAGCACCACUCGCCUCGUCUCGCGUCGAUCCAACAGCCGCGUGCCUCGGAGUCUCCCCGUAUCUCCCACCUGCAGGCCCAGGCCGCGCAGGCUGCCCAGGCCGUUAUGGACCCGAGAUUGGGCCCUCGCAACAACAGCAACACGCUGCCCGGCAUCAACGCCGUCUCGAGCGCUCCCUCGACCAGCCACCCGCUCACGCAUACCCCGCCCAACCGCACCCUGUCCGUCUCGCCGCCGAGGAGCUCUCACUCGGAGGCGAACGGCGUCGUGCCUAUGCCGAACAAGGCCAGCCUCUCGGCGUUGCUGCUGCACCCGACCCCCUCCAGCUCGGAGGCCAGCAGCGCGAACCCCAACGGCAUCAACAGCGCAAACAGCUCGCCGCGGACCGGCGGCGCCCUCAGCGGGCUACCGCCGCCCAUCGAUCGUCCGGCCAACAUGAGCCACGACGUCAAGGCGCUACAGGCCCUAGACCGCAAGUUCUGCAUCUAACGUCCGAGAGAGGGGGGUGGGUGUCGGACGGAAGACGGAAUCAUUGCAUUGCCACACUGGCCAGAGAAUUCGUCUCGUCUACAAUCUAUCUAUGUCCUCUUUUUUCUUAAAAUCCUCUUUUUCAGCAUCGCCACGGCGUUCGGGGAUCAUUACAUCAGACCUGCUACUUUGGGCGGGUCCUCCACCAUUUUUGGGGAACUGGAAUUCGGAUCACACCAGAUCACACGGUAUCGGGCUCAUGGGACUUGAGUUUUUUGCAUCAUGGUACAAAAAGGGGUGGUGAGGGGGUCACCGCCGAGUUACAACAAUCGUUACACGCUUUUCUGUCUUGUUUCUGUUUCUUAUUCGUCUCUACUACUACUACUACUACUACAAGUACAUAGCAUUACAAUAACUGAUGCCCUGGCUACCGCUCGUUCGGUUUUCGGCGAAGCGAAAUAGAGUGGCACUUAUUCCAAC